AUGUUAAGACUCAGUUUUUGUAAGAUCCGUAGCAUUUCCGCAAAAAGUGUUCCAAUUUCCAGGAACAUAGCAUUCAGAUACCUUGCAGCUGCUAAAAGACCUAUCGUAUACCAAAGAACAUAUGCGUCUUCCUCCAAGCCAGACGAUGUACUGGAGGAGGCCCAAAGAGUUGGCAAUCUUAUCAAUGUAUUCAGACAAAAUCCAGAAAUAAGAUCUUUAUUGGAUGACUUUCAAAAUUUAUUGGCUGAGAAAGGUCUUCAACCAGACGGCAAACAACCCACGAUGUUUCAAAUGAUGAAAAUCUUGGCUGAUAAGGACGUGAAGGCAUCAUUAUUAAAGCUUAAAGAGGCGUUAGAUGGGGCUAAUAUUCAACUUACGCAAGAGGAUCUUAAUGCAUUCAUGAACCUCUAUGGGUUGAAAAAAUAG